AUGGCAAGCGAGCCUUCACUGCACCCUUCGGCACCACCAGAAGCAUUGCCACCAUCACCACCCUCUGCUGAGGACUCUUCCUCCUCAGCCCCGACCGCCCCGACCAAGGUGGGCAACGGAAAGGGCAAGGGCACGCCAGCAGGCGCCCCGACGGCCUCCGUGGAGGCCGGUCCCUCUUGGCGCCGUGACACCUCGACAACCGUCAGCACGGCAACGCCGACAAGCUCACAUGCCGCGAGUCUCCGACCCUCGACAGGCAACUAUGACAGCCGAUCCACAUCGCCCGCGGUAGCGACGGUCGACGCCGACGAUGCGAGCAUCGCUAGCUCCGGAUCCGGUGCAGGCUCGUCGCACAUUCCGCAGCCUCCCGAGGUCACCGCUAUGGACCAGGCCGAAGAGACGCAGAUGGCACACACUCUGGCGAAGAAGAAGUCCUGGCUACACUUGGCAAAGCGCUCAGUCGUUGAGCGGGAGGCUCAGAAACUCAUGGCCAAGCGUCCUCACACACAUGUCUCUAAGAACAACAAAGGAAAGAAGGGCAAGAAGGGCAAGGCCAAGAAGGACCAGGAUCCUGGCGAGGACGAGGCAGCCGAUGAGGCAGAGGCCGAAGCAUUCGACCCCCAGGCGAUGCAGGCAGAGGUGCUGGAGGAGGCAUGCCAGCUCAAUUUUGAGCACAUUGACCUUGUCGUUGGCAAGGAGACCGUGCACUCCGCCGCACAGCUCGCAGAGCUGGAAGCGGCACUGGGUAAACCGCCCUCCCCUGGAGCCAGCUACGUCUGGGAAGUCAUGUAUGAGAACCAGCGCGGCAUAUCGUUGUUCGGCAGCACAUGGUACUCUUGGCGUUCUCUGCUCCCGGGUGAUCCGACGCCGUUUACUCUACCCCUCGACCUGCCAGAGACGGAGCAAGUCAUUCGUGGGUGGGAGCGUGGUGCUAGGAGUCGACACUCCAAGAUCAACCCCACGAAUCUUAAACGCAAGACCAUCAAAUCAGGGUACACACUCGAGACGUACCAGACGCCUUCACCAGAAUGGACCUGGUGCACCGAAUGGAUGGUGAACAUGCGUCCCGCUUCGGAUGAACAGGGUUGGCAGUACAACCUGUGGUUCCACAGGAAGCAUUGGCGAGCCUUCCCGAUGACCCUCAACUGGUGGGGGUGGGUGCGUCGGCGUCAAUGGUUGCGACUGCGUGUCCUCCUUGCCGAGAAGCAGGAAGACGAUGCCGAUGAAAAGCCCGCUGUACAAUGGGACCCGACACUGCGCGAGUUCCUGACCGAGUCCGACCCCGUCACCGCCAUGGUAACCUACCUCGGCAAGUAUUCUCUGGACCGCGAAAAGCUUGCAGCAAUUGAUAAGUGGAUCGAUGGCGCCGGCGUCUCCGACUGUGCAAAGCUAGCCGACGUCUUGGCAGCUCCAUGA